AUGCAACUCGCACCUUUUAAGUUAUUUUUAGUGCCAAGACAGAGGCACGCAACGGUGGGGGCCGCGGUGGGGGAGUGGGCGGCGGUGUCCAGUGCGGGCGUGUGGUGGGUGGAGGAGGUCGGGAAGCACCAGUUGAUGCGGCGCACAGGGCUGACGGCGUGCGACCUCCGCACGCUGGACCCGGUGUUGUCCUACCCGUCCAACAUCAUGGGUCGAGACCGCGCCGUCAUCACUGCCACCGAGGUGCUCAUCUCGGGCCCUCGUGACCCCGCCUUCACGUCGCUCGUCCGCAAGCUCCGUGCGGACCUCGCAUCCGCCCCCUCCGCCGCAGGUCUCCGUAUGUCCUAG